AUGCUCGGGUUCCAGUAUGUCGUGGCCAAGUCGCGCGAGCUGUCCUCGGCGCUCGACCGCGAGCUCUCCGCCGCCAGCAACCGCGCGGCCCCCUUCAGCUCCACGUCCAGCACCCCCGCUGUCGAAACAGUGGCUGCAAACGCCGCCCCCGCUGCUCCAGACGCGUCAACAGCCUCAAAUCCCUCUGUCCGCAAUGAAGGCCAGGAAUUCCUUCGCGCGCAGCAGAAACUACAGGCCCAAGCGGUGGCCAACCACCAAAAACUUAUGCAAAGUGGACAGGAACUCGACGCGGCCUUGGCCCGCGCGCGGGCCACCCUGCAGGCCCAAGCGGCCAGUGAACAGUUCUUAGCCCAGAACUUUCAUCUGGUCUCCAGGGUGCGUCAGCAGCUCGCGGGGGUCCGAUCUCUGGUGCUCAAGCUGGCCGAAGAGGCGGACGAAGUGGAGACUCUGCUGGUGCAGCGCUGCGAGGAGAACGCGGCUCGCCAGAACGCCGAGUUCGCGGCCAAGCAGCAGCAGGAACUGGAGAAGUUCGAGGCCAGAAUCGCCAGGGAGUCCGAAGGCCGCAAGCGCGAAAUGCUGGAGAUGAGACGCCAGAAGCUGGCCAGCGCAUUCAUGAAUGACCUCAAGACGUACCAGACGCUUGUGGCCCAUCAUGGAGACUCUGCGGCGGCUGAAGCGAGGCUGGCGAAGGACGAGAAGGAGAACGUCUCGCUGGACGAAGUGGACCUGGUCUUCACGGCCGACCCGGACCAGUUGGACGCGUUCUACGACUCUGGAUCGGAGGAGGAAGUGGAGUCACCCAAGAGCCCCAGGUUCUCGUCCCCGCCGGUACCGAAGGAGCUGGCAGAAGAUGAAGAGGAGAAGAGUGAAGAGAAGGAGGAGACUGCUGAGCAGGAGGAUGCUGGAGAAGCAGGAGAGGCUGGCGAGGAAGAAGCGGCUGAAGCAACUGAAACGGAACAACCGGCGGACCAAGAGGUCGACGAGAAGGCUGAAGCGACGGAAGAUGCUGACCAGACAGGGGAUGGAGAGAAGGAAUCCGAUGCAGCAGUAGAGGCGGAAGCUGGAGGAGAAGCGAAGCAGGCGGCUUGA